GUGCGCGCGGUCGUCGCGGGGCAGAGCGGCCGGCAGCGGAGCCGGGCAGCACGGGCAGCGGACUGGGGGGCGCACGGGGCCCCCCGGGGAGGCCGCGGCCACUCCCCCCGCCCCGGGGCCGAGCGCGGCGGGGGAGGCGGGGAUGGAAACGCCCUUCUACGGAGAGGAGGCGCUGAGCGGCCUGGCUGCGGGUGCGUCUAGCGUCGCCGGUACUGCUGGGGCCCCCGGCGGUGGUGGCUUCGCGCCCCCGGGCCGCGCGUUCCCCGGGGCGCCCCCGACGAGCAGCAUGCUGAAGAAAGACGCGCUGACGCUCAGCCUGGCGGAGCAGGGAGCGGCAGGAUUGAAGCCCGGGUCGGCCACUGCGCCUUCCGCUCUGCGCUCCGACGGCGCCCCCGACGGGCUGCUGGCGUCGCCGGACCUUGGGCUACUCAAGCUCGCGUCGCCGGAGCUGGAGAGGCUGAUCAUCCAAUCCAACGGGCUGGUGACCACCACCCCGACCAGCACGCAGUUUCUCUACCCGAAGGUGGCGGCCAGCGAGGAGCAGGAGUUCGCCGAGGGCUUCGUCAAGGCGCUGGAGGACCUACACAAGCAGAGCCAGCUGGGCGCGGCCACCGCGGCCACAUCAGGGGCCACCGCGCCCCCCGCGCCCGGGGACCUGGCGGCCACUCCUGGAGCCACGGAGACCCCCGUCUACGCCAACCUGAGCAGCUUCGCGGGUGGCGCCGGGCCCCCUGGGGGCGCGGCCACCGUGGCCUUCGCCGCGGAUCCAGUGUCCUUCCCGCCGCCCCCCGGAGCGCUCGGGCCGCCGCCACCUCCGCAUCCACCGCGCCUGGCUGCGCUCAAGGACGAGCCGCAGACAGUGCCGGACGUCCCGAGCUUCGGCGACAGCCCUCCGCUGUCGCCCAUCGACAUGGACACGCAGGAACGUAUCAAGGCGGAGCGCAAGAGGCUGCGCAACCGCAUCGCCGCCUCCAAGUGCCGCAAGCGCAAGCUGGAGCGUAUCUCGCGCCUGGAGGAGAAAGUCAAGACCCUCAAAAGCCAGAACACCGAGCUGGCGUCCACCGCCAGCCUGCUGCGCGAGCAGGUGGCGCAGCUCAAACAGAAAGUCCUCAGCCACGUCAACAGCGGCUGCCAGCUGCUGCCCCAGCACCAGGUCCCCGCGUACUGAGCCUGAGCGCGGGGCGCAUGCGCGAACUCGCUGCGGUGGGGGGGCGCCCAGGACUCCUCCGAGACUCGGCGCCCCCGGACUCGACAAGCUGGAUCCCCCUUAACUCCGGGUGGGGACCCCGAGCGCACAGCCCCCGCCCUCGCGCCACCUCUGU